AUGAAGACAGUAUGGUCAAGGGAUCUUUACAUUGAAGAUAUAACUGCUAAAGGAUUAGAUUGUGAUGUGGGUGAUGAUGACGAUGUUGUGGGUUUUAGUGGUGUGAUUCGGGGUGGUGUGGUUCCGGAUAAUAUCGCUCAGGAUGAGACUAUGCUUGGGGAUGCUGGUGAGACUAUGCGUCGGGAUGCUGCGGAUGCUCCUGAGACGUGGAGAAAUGAAUUGCUUGCGCUAAAGGGCCAGAUGGAAAAGAUGUUUUCCGAAAUGAAUAUGAAGAUUGAAGGCCUUUGUACCAGAGUCAAAUCUAUUGAAUCAGCUCUGAGGUUGGAAAGAGAAGCAUAUGACUAUAACCGUGGGUUUGAUGACUAUAACCCUGGGUUUGAAGAGGUACAACCUGCUGCAGUACAAACUGGUGGAACUGAAGAAGUACAACCUGAUGCGGUUGACGAAGUACAACCUGGUGCAACUGACGCAACCAUUGGUUCGACUGAGGCUGAGAAAGCUGGUGCAGAAGAGACGAGUACUGUUGCUGCUUCAUCAGAUGUUCCAGCACAAGCAACGCAGAAGAUCAAGAUUAUAGGGAAGAUGAGGGGAUCUACCGUUGUGAUUAGGAGUCAUGUUGCUACUAGGCAGUGCCAUAAGAUUUUAGAAGGGCAGAAGAAGGAUUAG